AUGCGAGCCAUUCUGGUUAUCGUCAUUUCAUUCGAUCGAACUCUUGCUGUUUAUUUUCCAAUCACUUAUCACAACUUUCGACGGAGACUACCCAAUUCCUAUCUUAGUUUUAUUCCGCUGAGUUGGCCGAUAGUCAAUAACAUUGUUUUAUGGAUUAUCUGUCAAUUCGAAGUGAAUAUUCCAGCAGGUUGUGUUAUAUUCACAUGUCAAAUGAACAGAUGUUACAUUAAUUAUGCAUUGAGUUUUGAAGUGGUUUCUCACGCCAUCAUCGCUAUUUCUUCUUUAUUUCUUGCAAUCAAACUUUUCAUCUGGAACCACUGUGUGAGCGGCUCGAAAAGCAAAGAUCUUGAAAGAGCAAAUUAUUUUGCUCUCAUCGACACAAUCAUCAUAAUAAUAUUUGAUAUUCUGCCCGCGGGAGUUACUGUCAAGUUUGCCAACAUCGCUGCAGAAUUCGGGUCAUUGAUAUUAGUGUGUAAAAUGGGUGGAUACGCUUUGGAAGGAUAUCUUGUCCGGGGAGCACUGAAAAGGUCGAAUGAUAUUGUAUCAGUGACAAAUGGGAGUUCAUGUUUUUAA